GAGGUGAGCCUGGGCAACUUAGUGACUUAGUGAGAGCUCUUGAAAAUAAAUGUUCAGUCUAGGUUUACAGCUCAGUGCGAAGACCCUGGGUUCAGCCCCGGCACUGCAGGAGUAAGUAAAGGUAUGAUCGGGAUCUUCACGGUGGUUUGGCAGAUUUGGGCAGGAUGCCUCUGGAGCAUGGGUCUUUCCGGGCAGUGUGGUAGGUUUCUGCCUGGGGACCUGGGUGCAGCUGUCUUAGGGACAGCCCCAGCCUCUCCUGCACCUCCCCACGGAGUCUGCCCCAGCAGGCGUGAUGUGUGGCUGUUCCAUGCUCUUGUCCUUGCUCCUCCAGCUGAUCUUGUAAAAGGUGCAGAGCCAGGAGAGCCAGGACAGGGACGUCCACUUGGAAGCCACAGGACAGUGGCCUGCUCUGCGCAUCUGCCCACCUCGGGUCUCCCAGGGCCCUGGCCCCCAAAGAAGCACCUGCAGGAGCGCACAGCGUUGAAGCCAGCGAUUUCUGUUUGGAAAUAGGGUCGUCUCCUGCCGCUGACCCCCAUCAAACCCCAUCAUGCCCACAGCCCUGUGCCCCCUGGUGCUGGCCCCCCAGGAGAGUGAGGAGCCCCGGAAGAUGAGGAGCCCCCCUGGAGAGAAGGCUGGCCUGCCGGGAGAGCCCCCCAGCCCGGAGUCCUCACGCCGCCUGUUCCGCCGCUUCCGCUACCAGGAGGCAGCAGGGCCCCGCGAGGCGCUGCGCAGGCUGUGGGACCUAUGCCGCGGGUGGCUACGACUAGAGUGCCACAGCAAGGAGCAGAUCCUGGAGCUGCUGGUGCUGGAGCAGUUUCUGGCCAUCCUGCCACGCGAGGUGCAGGCCUGGGUGCGCGCCCAGGAGCCCGAGAGUGGCGAGCAGGCCGUGGCUGCCGUGGAAGCGCUGGAGCGGGAGCCUGGGAGGCCAUGGCAGUGGCGCAAGCACUGUGAGGACCCUGUGGUGAUUGACGAUGGGGAUGGCCCUCCUGACGUGGGCCAGGAGCAGGACCGCCUGCCCGUGGAUGUCCUCAGCGACCCUGUGAAGAGCCAGGAUGCCCAGCCUGUGGCCCUGGCACCAGGCCUGGGCCUCCUCAGCCCAUCUCCCAACCAGCUCUGUGAGGGCCCAGCUCUGGAGGAUGCGUGCCUUCUGCAAGAGGACAAUUUGGGGGACGCGCAGCAGGUGGUCACCUUCCCACUGCCCUUGGCAGAGGGACAGUUUCCACAGGAUCGAGGUGGACACCCAGCCAGGCCUCUGGCUCCCAGCUGGCGCCAGCAGCACAGGAAGCAUGGAGUCCCCUCACUCCGGCAGCCACACAAGACCCGUGCAUCCCCGUUUAAGGACAUGAUCUUGUGCUUCUCUGAAGAAGACUGGUCCCUCCUCGACCCCGCACAGACUGGAUUCUAUGGGGAGUUCAUUAUCGGCGAGGACUGCGGGGUCUCGGUUCCCCCUGACAACCCCGAGGCCCAGCCAGACCUCUCUCCCAGGGAAGACAGUGAGCCUCGGGUCCCAGAGCUGCCCGAGCUGCCAGGCAAGGAAGUGCUUCAGGACCCCUCUGUGGACUUCCCUGGUCCACAGCCGUUCCCAGUGGAGGAGAGGAAAAGGUGGGAGGAGCUGCAGGUGCCUGAGUCCCAGGCCUGCCCAGUGCCCACUCUCGCUCAGAGCACCUGCCCAGCUGCACCCGGCCCCACACCCCUGGAAGAUGGCCUGGAGGAGGAGGUGACCAUCGAGAUCGUGCUGUCGGGCUCUGGCGACGAGGAGGAACGCAGCACAAGCACGCGCGGGGCCCAGGCUAAGGCUUAUGUAUGCCCUCGCUGCGGCAAGGCCUUCCGCUGGCGGGUCAACUUUGUGCGGCACCUACGCAGCGGAGACGGCGACAGUGUGGCUGGGCACCGCGGGACACACGAGGCUCCCCGGCCGCAUCGCUGUGGGGCCUGUGGGCGCAGCUUCCGGCUGGCAGCACACCUGCUAGCACACCGCCGUGCACACCUGCGGCCAGGGGACAGGGAUGCCAAGGACCCCGGGGAUGCCAAGGACAAUGGGGACGGGGACAGGCCGGCCGCACGCCGCCGCGACCUCCCUCAGGACCGCGCACUGCGCUGCCGCUACUGUGCCAAGAGCUUCGGGCAGAACUGCGGGCUUUUGCGCCACGAGCGCCUGCACAUGAAGCGCCGCUCCAAGCAGGCGCUCAACUCCUACUGAGCGGCUAGGCCGCCCCGCCAGGUCAGGUGGGACCAGCGUUUCAGGCGCAGGGACACCACCUUCCCCACCCGCGGCCCAACACCUCACAGCCCAUCCCUGGUGCCCCAGGCCCCUGAGGGGACAGUGGCCUCAUGGCCCCAGGUUAUCAGCUGGCCCUCUGUUUGCACCACAACUUUGAGGGCCACGGUAGGACAGGCCUUCAGGUCCUGCCCCUGACAGUCCAGGGUCUGCGGCUAGCAGCAGGCCAGCACCACGACUGCUCCUAGGUGCGAUAAUAGACAGCUCAGUUAUGA